AUGCAAAAUAGAAAUACUUUUUCUUGGGUAAAGGAACAGAUGACUCGAUCCAUUUUUGUAUCGAUGAUGAUAUAUAUAAUAACUCGGGCAUCUAUUUCAAAUGCAUAUCCUAUUUUUGCGCAGCAGGGUUAUGAAAAUCCGCGAGAAGCAACUGGACGUAUUGUAUGUGCCAAUUGUCAUUUAGCUAAUAAGCCUGUGGAUAUUGAGGUUCCACAAGCUGUGCUUCCUGAUACUGUAUUUGAAGCAGUUGUUAGAAUCCCCUAUGAUAUGCAACUGAAACAAGUUCUUGCUAAUGGUAAAAAGGGAGGUUUGAAUGUAGGAGCUGUUCUCAUUUUACCCGAUGGAUUUGAAUUAGCUCCUCCUGAUCGUAUUUCUCCCGCGAUGAAAGAAAAGAUAGGUAAUUUAUCUUUCCAGAGUUAUCGCCCCACUAAAAAAAAUAUUCUUGUGAUAGGUCCUGUUCCUGGUCAGAAAUAUAAUGAAAUUCUCUUUCCAAUCCUUUCCCCGGAUCCCGCUACUAAGAAAGAAGUUCACUUCUUGAAAUAUCCCAUAUAUGUGGGUGGGAAUAGAGGAAGGGGUCAGAUUUAUCCCGAUGGGAGCAAGAGUAACAAUACAGUUUAUAAUGCCUCAGCAUCAGGGAUAAUAAGUAGAAUAAUACGUAAAGAAAAGGGUGGAUAUGAAAUAACCAUAGCUAAUGCAUUGGAUGGGCGUCAAGUGGUUGAUAUUAUACCUCCAGGACCGGAACUUCUUGUUUCCGAAGGUGAAUCUAUCAAACUUGAUCAACCAUUAACGAGUAAUCCCAAUGUGGGUGGAUUUGGUCAGGGGGAUGCAGAAAUAGUACUUCAAGAUCCAUUACGUAUCCAAGGUCUUUUUCUCUUUUUGGCAUCUGUUAUUCUGGCACAAAUCUUUUUGGUUCUUAAAAAGAAACAGUUUGAGAAGGUUCAAUUGGCUGAAAUGAAUUUCUAG